UCAAAAUUCUCCUUUUUCUAUCUCGCGGUUCUUGAAACCCUAAUCGAAAAACCCUAGCAAUGGCGGGCAAGAAGAGGAAGGAGACGCAUCAGCAGCAUCGUCUGGCGCUUGACGCCGAUGAUGCCUCUAUAAUCUCGUCCAAGAAGCGAUCUCGAGCUCCCAAGCCACACCAAUCGGAAUCAAAGCUUGUUUCGUCGGAUUUGAGCUCGAAGAUCCUCAAAGAAGCUCUCAAGCAGCAGAAAGAGGUCCUUGAAGAGGAGGCUCAGCUUGAGAAGUCCUCAGUCUUCUCCGGCAUUACUGUUGAUAAGCUCAAUGAAGAGGGGAAGGAGGAGGAGGAGGAGGAUAUUGAUGAGUUUGAUGGGUUUUCUGAAACCCAGAGCCAGUUUGAUGGCUGGCAACAGGAAGAGAUCCCGGAGGAGGAUGAGAAGGUUCUGGCUGCCUUCAUGUCAGAGAAGGCUGGCCCAAUGCCUACUUUAGCUGAUCUCAUCAUAAGCAGGAUCAAGGAGAAGGAUGCCAUGGUCUCUUCUGAGGAAAGGCCUCUCCCUAAAUUGGACAAUAGCAUCAUAGAAUUGUAUAAAGGUGUUGGGAGGCUGAUGAGUAGGUACACAAUUGGGAAAAUCCCUAAGGCUUUUAAACAUAUUCCUUCACUAGAACUUUGGGAGGAUGUGCUAUAUUUGACGGAACCAGAAAAAUGGUCUCCGAAUGCCAUGUAUCAAGCAACACGGAUAUUCGCUUCAAAUUUAGGAGCUAGAAAGGUUCAGCGUUUCUAUAGCCUUGUUCUUCUCCCACGCAUAAGGGAGGAUAUUCAAAAGAACAAGAGACUUCAUUUUGUUCUAUAUCAAGCUUUGAAGAAGGCUCUUUAUAAACCAGCUGCUUUCUUCAAGGGUUUUCUACUACCGCUUUGUCAGUCAGGGACGUGCAACCUUCGUGAAGCAGUUAUUAUUGGGAGUAUUAUUCAGAAAGUCUCCAUUCCUCCCCUUCAUUCAAGUGCAGCAUUGAUGAAGCUGGCUGAAAUGGAUUAUUGUGGCACAACAAGUUAUUUCAUAAAGUUAUUUCUCGACAAGAAGUAUGCAUUGCCUUAUCGAGUCCUUGAUGCUGUUGUUGCACAUUUCAUCAAAUUUCUUGAGGAUACAAGGAUCAUGCCUGUAAUAUGGCAUCAAUCUCUUCUUGCCUUUGUGCAAAGAUACAAAAACGAACUGACAAAGGAGGAUAAGGAUAACCUCGAAAGGUUGAUUCAAUACCAGAAACACCACCUGGUUACACCAGAAAUUUUCCGAGAACUUAAGAACAGCCGUAAUCGUGGAGAAAAGGACGACGAUCUCAUGUCAAUAUCUUCUCCAAUCUCUGUUAUCAACAAACCAAUUGAAGAAGACCGAUGGAAUUUUCCCGGAGUUCCAAUGGAAGAGGAUUAAAUAAUAUAAUUCGGUGAAAUUUUUGUGCUUGGUUUCACCAAGGGAUUGAAUUGAUGAGGGCUAUCGGCUCUUACCAGCGUCGUUUGAAGAAGCUGUUUGUUGGUUGGAUUUAAGAGUUACAUUUUACAUCUUUUUGCCUUUUUGUGUUAUGAAUUCAAGUUGUAUACAUUAUAUUUGGGAGUGUAAUGUUCAGAAAUGACAGCAGCUCAAACAGUCAUGGCUUGUUCAUUGGAUUUGUUGUUUAUUGAAUUAAAUUGAGUGCCUCUUGGAUUUUAU